AGCGGCUGUCAACGCCAGUGUGUAAACAGCCUCCGCGGCUCCACACUCCCGCUCUCAAGCCGCUCUCAAGCCGCUCCAACCGCCAGCUUUUACGCCGUGUGGCAUUUUUUUCUGAAUUGGAAAGUGUGGGCGAUACCUAGGCGGUCGAGCACAAGCCGGUCAGAAGGCGACUGGGAGUCUUGGACGCUUUUGUUGUCGCGGUGUCGCGCAGACGACCACCGACCUAGCAUGGCGGCGGCGACCGUCGUGGAGGCUGACCCGGCGGCGAGUGACUUCCCCGGCGGCUGGGAUGAGACUCAGCUGCGGAAGUAUUCUUUCCCCACCAAGACCAUCCCCAGGCUGUCGCACUCGGACCCCCGAGCGGAGUUGCUGAUAAACAACGAGGAGCCGGUGGUCCUAACCGAUACAAACCUCGUCUAUCCGGCACUCAAAUGGGACGUUGCCUAUCUCCAAGAGAACAUCGGCAACGGGGACUUCUCCGUCUACACGGCGGAGAACCACAAGUUCCUCUACUACGACGAGAAGAAAAUGUCCAACGUGGAUAACUUUGUCCCCAAGUCCCGGCGGAAGGAGAUGAAAUUCUCUGAAUUUGUGGAGAAGAUGCAGGAGACGCAACAGAGUGGCGGGGAGGAGAGGAUAUACCUCCAGCAGACCUUAAACGACACCGUCGGAAAGAAAAUAGUUGUUGACUUCCUGGGUUUCAACUGGAACUGGAUCAACAAGCAGCAAGCCAAGAGGAACUGGGGACAGCUGACAUCCAACCUCCUCCUGAUAGGCAUGGAAGGUAACGUGACACCGGCGCAUUACGACGAGCAGCAGAACUUUUUUGCACAAAUCAAAGGCCAAAAGAGAUGCAUCCUCUUCCCUCCAGACCAGUUUGAGUGCCUUUAUCCGUACCCCGUGCAUCACCCCUGCGACAGACAGAGCCAAGUUAACUUCGAUAACCCCGACUAUGAGAGGUUUCCCAAUUUUAAAAAUGUUGUUGGCUAUGAGGCAGUGGUUGGUCCUGGAGACGUGCUCUACAUCCCUAUGUAUUGGUGGCAUCACAUAGAAUCACUGCUGAGCGGUGGUGUGACCAUAACAGUCAACUUCUGGUACAAGGGUGCGCCCACACCCAAGAGGAUAGAAUACCCACUGCGAGCUCAUCAGAAGGUGGCCAUUAUGAGGAACAUCGAGAAGAUGCUGGGAGAAGCACUCGGUGACGCCCGAGAAGUUGGACCUUUGCUCAAAAUGAUGAUCAAGGGACGAUACGAGGAUUCUCAAUCAGAGUCUGACUCCUGAAAGUAUUCACACAAACUGUGUGUGUGUGUGUGUGUGUGUGUGUGUGUGUGUGUGUGUGUGUGUGUGUGUGUGACUUUGGACUAUAUCGCUGCAUGGCAAUAAGCGGCAACCUUGAAAACCAUCGUGCUUCUCAGAGUGCCAUCGUCUUUUUUUUUUUUGCAAAUCUCAUGGGAGUUUACCGUACUUGAACAAAUCUUUUUUUUUUUUUUUUCAGAAAUUAUUUAUACGAGUCGCUUUCUUCUCCGAAGGCGUGAUUGUUAAGGUGAAAUGUAGACGAUACAUUUGGAGGAAACCUGGGUUUCACACCACUAAUGAAGGAGUCCCGUUGAAGAGGACGUGUGGGCUCCCCUUGUUAUUUGUACACAUUAGCCGGGAGUAAUAUGAUCAUUCAUAUCUCGGAGGCGGGAGUAAUAUGAUCAUUCAUAUCUCGUAAGGCCUCCUUAAAACCAAGUGGUCAACAAUACUGCUUGAUUAUGGCUUUGGAGAUGAUGCACGGGGAGUAGAUGUCCAAGCAUGGCCGCCACCUCUGCACCAACCUUGUGGAUUAUGACAUUAUUUAAAAAAAACAAACAGUUGUCAUAGUUUUAAAGGGGUUAAGCCAAAUAGAAAAAAUAAAAAUAAAAUCUUGUUAACCAACAAACCCCAAAACCAGUGACGUUGGUAUGUUGUGGAAAUGGUAAAAAAACAGAAUAAAAUGAUUUGCAAAUCCUCUUCAACUUAUAUUCAGUUUAAUAGACUGCAAAGACAAGAUAUUUAAAGGGGAACAUUAUCACAUUUUCAAAAGGGUUAAAAACAAUAAAAAUCAGUUCCCAGUGGCUUGUUGUAUUUUUUGAAGUUUUUUUCCAAAUUUUACCGGUCCCGGAAUAUCCCUAAAAAAAGUUUUAAAGUGCUUGAUGUUCGCUAUUUGUGAUGCCACUAUCCAUUUCCCUGUGAUGUCACACAGUGCUGCCAAUGUAAACAAACAAUGGGAAUACCACAGCAAGAUAUAGCGACAUUAGCUCGGAUUCAAACUCGGAUUUCAGCGGCUUAAGCGAUUCAACAGAUUACGCAUGUAUUGAAACGGAUGGUUGGAGUAUGAAAGUAUUGAAGAAGAAACUGAAGCUAUUGAGCGAAUAGCUAUUGACGCUAUUCAUAGCCAUAGCAUGGCCGAAUAGCUGCGUUAGCAUCGCCGGUAAAAUGUGCGGACCAAACGAUCAGGACUUUCGCAUCUCGUGACACUGGAGCAACUUAAAUCCGUCGAUUGGUAAGUGUUUGUUUCGCAUUAAAUGUAGGUGGAAGGAAACGUAAUAUAGUUGCAAAUGCAUCUGCAGGUUAUCCAUACAUCUCUGUGCCAUGUCUGUCAUCGCCGGUCAAAUGUGGAGACACUCUGGCACAUUCAAUGGGGGUCUGGCGGCAGACACAUUGGCAUCUUGGGGCCAGUGGUGCAACUUGAAUCCCUCCCUGUUAGUGUUGUUACACCCUCCGACAACACACCCACCAGGCAUGAUGUCUCCAAGGUUCCAAAAAAUAGUCGAAAAACGGAAAAUAACAGAGCUGAGACCCGGUGUUUGUAAUGUGUUGAAAAUGAAAAUGGCGGCUGUGUUACCUCGGCGACGUCACGUUCUGACGUCAUCGCCUCCAGCGCGAUAAACAGAAGGGCGUUUAAUUCGCCAAAAUUCACCCAUUUAGAGUUCGGAAAUCGGUUAAAAAAAUAGAUGGUCUUUUUUCUGCACCAUCAAGGUAUAUAUUGAUGCUUGCAUAGGUCUGCUGAUAAUGUUCCCCUUUAACGUUUGAACUGGAAAACAUUUUUUUUUGCAAAUAUUAGCUCAUUUGGAAUUUGAUGCCAGCAACACGUAACAAAGAAGUUGGGAAAGGUGGCAAUAAAGACUGAUAAAGUUGAGGAAUGCUCAUCAAACACUUAUAUGGAACAUCCCACAGGUGUGCAGGCUCAUUGGGAAACAGGUGGACGCCAGGAUUGGCUAUAAAAGCAGCUUCCAUGAAAUGCUCACUCAUUCACAAACACGGAUGGGGUGAGGUUCACCACUUUGUGAACAAAUGCGUGCGCAAAUUGUUCAACAGUUUAAAAACAUUUCCCAACAAUUUAUUGCAAGGAAUUUAGGGAUUUUACCAUCGACGGUCCGUAAAAUCAUAAAAAGGUUCGGAGAAUCUGGAGAAUUCACUGCACGUAACAUUGAAUGCUCGUGACAUUCGAUCCCUCCGGCGGUACUGCAUCAAAAACCGAAAUAAGUGUGUAAAGGAUAUCACCACAUGGGCUCAGGAACACUUCAUGACACCACUGUUAGUAAAUAGUUUUUGUCGCUACAUCUGUAAGUGCAAGUUACAACUCUACUAUGCAAAGCGAAAGCCAUUUAUCAACAACACCCAGAAACACAGCCAGCUUUGCUGAGCCCAAGUUCAUCUAAAAUGGACUAAUGCAUAGUGGAAAACUGUUCUGUGGUCUGACGAGUCCUCAUUUCCAGUUGUUUUUGGAAACUGUGGACGUGUCCUCCGGACUGUUCUAGGUGCAAAGUUGAAAAGCCAGCAUGGGUGAUUGUAUGGGGGUUUAUUAGUGCCCAAGGCAUGGGUAACUUACACAUGUGUGAUGGCACCAUUAAUGCUGAAAGGUCCAUGCAGGUUUUGGAGCAACAUAUGUUGUCAUCCAAGCAACGUUAUCAUGGACGCCCCUGCUUAUUUCAGCAAGAUAAUGCCAAGCCACAUUCUGCACGUGUUAAACAGUUAGGCUUCAUAGUAAACUAGUGCAGGUACUAGACUGGCCUGCCUGCAGUCCAGACCUGUCUCCCAUGGAAAAUGUGUGGCGCAUUAUGAAGCGUAAAAUAGGACAGCGGAGACCCCGGACUGUUGAAGGACUGAAGCUCUACAUAAAACAAGAAUGGGAAAGAAUUCCACUUUCAAAGCUUCAACAAUUAGUUUCCUCAGUUCCCAAACGUUUAUUGAGUGUUGUUAAAAGAAAAGGUGAUGUAACACAGUGGUGAACAUGCCCUUUCCCAACUACUUUGGCACGUGUUGCAGCCAUGAAAUUCUAAGUUAAUUAUUAUUUGCAAAAAAAAAAAAAAUGUUUAUGAGUUUGAACAUGGAAUAUGUUGUCUUUGUAGCAUAUUCAACUGAAUAUGGCUUGAAAAGGAUUUGCAAAUCAUUGUAUUCUGUUUAUAUUUACAUCUAACACCAUUUCCCAACUCAUAUGGAAACAGGGUUUGUAAUAUAAUAUAGCAUGUGAACGUGUGUUUUGACAUGAUUUAAAUCCAAGAAAAAGUAAAUUAUUAAGGAUCACAUUUUUGUUUGGGAUAAAAAAAAUUAAUGAUUGGGUUUAUGUGUGAAAUAAACGCGGUUUUAUUAACUGA